GAAGAAGAAAAAGAAGAAGAAACGUUAGCCCUUCGUCUUUCCCGCCCGCCCACUGUUUUUCUCCAACGCUCAGGAUGUCUGAAAAUCCAAAUCCUUUCCAAGCUCUCUUCCAAACUCUUGAAAAUGUAUCAAAUUGUGUACAAACCCAUCUCUCAAAUUUCAUAGGUCAUCCUCUCCAUCCAUCACCCACCAACAGGAAUCCCCUCUUCUCUCUUUCAUCCUUAUCUUCCUCGUCCAAGGUAAACCCAUCACCGAGGACUGAUGCAGCUGCGCAUGUUAUGUACGAGGAAAAGUCUGCUGCACCCGUGACCAAAGAAGAACUUGGAAGAGCCACUUGGACUUUCCUUCACACUCUUGCUGCUCAGUACCCAGAAAAUCCAACAAGGCAACAAAAGAAAGAUGUAAAAGAGUUGAUGGCAAUAUUAUCUAGGAUGUACCCUUGCAAGGAAUGUGCUGAUCACUUUAAAGAAGUUCUGAGAGCAAAUCCUGUACAGGCCAGAUCUCAGCAUGAGUUUUCCCAAUGGCUAUGUCAUGUGCACAAUGUUGUUAAUAAAAGCCUUGGUAAACCAGGAUUCCCCUCUGAGCGAGUUGAUGCAAGGUGGGGCAAGCUCGACUGUGAGCAGCGAACAUGUGAUGCACAAGGAACCACAUUAACUUUUGGUGAUAUCUGAGAACGAAGGACGUGCUGGAGUUCACAGGGAUUCAACAAUGGACUGUGAUUAUAUGUUUGCAUGUUUAGUUUACUGGUCUGAAAGAAAAAAAAAAAGCCCAAUAUUUAACUAUUAUAUAAAAAAUUAUGUGAAUAAUUGAUUUAAAUAGACUUUUCUUGAACACUUAAGAGAUUUUUUCUCCCACAUCUAAAUGCGGUUCUUCUGUUGAGGCAAAAGCUUGUGACAUGUUUGUUACUAGA